CGCCAGAUUUUGAUUGACAGAUCAGUUCGACCAAUCGCGUGACGCGUUACAAAUAACUUCGGCGACACAUGAAACCGCCGCCAUUUUGCCCGUCACUGUCGGACUUUUCUGAAGUGUCACAACAAUGGUGAAAAGAUGCUGCUGGGGUACCUGUAACACGGACAGCAGGUUCCCCGACCGUCUGGAAGGUGGGGUGACAUUUAUACCCUUUCCUAAACCCGGCAGGAGUUUGGAAAAAUGCAAAGAAUGGAUAAGACUGUGUGGCAGACCACAAUCACAACUGAACGAAGAAAUCUUGCGUGAGCGUAGUAAAGCCAAACACCUGUUUGUCUGUUCUAAGCAUUUUGUUGAUGGGAAGCCAUCCGAUUUGUAUCCAAAUCCAAGGUCUGCACUUCCCUAUGACAGGAUAACACCAAGCAGAAAGAGACCAAUGCCAAGACCUGAUUUGACAAAAAGUACCAAACGAAAAAUUCUGGAUAUCGUGGACGAAAAUGAUAACAUCGAAAUGGAGAGCAUUGUGGUGCCAUCUGAAGUGCAAUUAGACAUGCAGAAAGAUGACAAUUUGCUUAUGAAAGAAACACAACCUUUAGACCUACUGGCUCUGGCUGCUGAAAACAGAAGAUUAGACCAGGAGCAUGCCAAACUUAUAUCAAACAACGCACGUUUAAGUGAAGGUUAUUCCAAAAUGAUACUUCAAUAUGAACAGUUAUGUCGAAAGACAACUUCCCAUGAGGUACAGGGGGAUUCCAAGGCCAUGUUCAGCUGUAAUAAUUUGAAACCAUCAGAUUACCAGUACUACACCGGAUUUUCCAGUGACAGAUUUCACAAUUUGGUCAAGUUUUUUAUCCCAUCAGAAGAAGAGCCAUUUACAUUUACAAAAACAGUGAGUGGAACAAAAAAUAUUUCUUUGGAAGACCAGCUUCUUCUUGUGCUGAUGAAGUUACGACAAAAUUUUGAUUUUGUACAUUUAAGUAACCUAUUCAUGUUUUCUUCUCAGGCUUGCAGCACAAUAUUUUCCAAUUGGAUUAAUUACAUGUUUUUCAAACUUGGUUCACUUGUGAUUUGGCCCAAAAGAGUGGAGAUAGUGAGGAAUAUGCCAUCGAAGUACAAAGAGGAUUUCCCUGACACGAUUGUUAUCAUCGAUGGAACAGAACUCAAAAUUCAAAAACCAAGUGCAUUAAAUCGACAGAGUCAGUGCUACUCGGACUAUAAAUCCUGUACUACCUUGAAAGCUCUAGUUGGUGUUGAUCCCAGAGGAUCGGUUAUCUUUGCCUCAAUGCUUUUUUCUGGAUCUAUUUCGGAUAAAGUUUUAACCAAAGAAAGUGGUUUUCUUAACCUUCUGACAGACCUCAUUGAGCAACAGAAAAUAAACAGAGGGGAUGGUAUCAUGGCUGACAAGGGUUUCCUUAUUGAGGAUGAACUGAAGGAACUUGGACUCAAGUUAAAUAUUCCACCAUUUGCUUCAAGUGGAGCACAGAUGAAGCCAGGGGAUGUUUCAAAAACUAUAAAAAUUGCAAAACACAGAGUUCAUGUGGAAAGAGCUAUUGCACGUAUCAAGCAAUUUAAAAUUUUGUCUGACAAAAUAAGCCUAUCUUUAUUUGGCUGUAUAAACCAAGUUUGGUUAGUUUGUAGUUUGUUGACAAACUUCAUGCCAUAUUUAAUACAAGACUGAUCUUUUUUGUAUUGUGCCUUGUACAUGUUCCAUUGAUACCUCUUUUAGUAUACAGUCUAAGAUAUUUCAUGUAUUUUAUGUUAUGCAUGGGAUAUAUUGGUUUGGUUUAUUUUAUUUUACCUAAUACAACCAGGGUCAUUUAAGAAUGAGCUGGAGUACCCAGAGGAAAACGACCGACCUUCCAUCCUAAGGUCACUUCCAGGCAGUUGCCACAGGGUUUCGAACUUGCAACCCAGAGGUGAAGGGCCAGUGAUAAAAUGUUAUGAUCAGGACACCUUAACCACUUGGCUUCCACGGCCCAUUAUGCAUGUGAAAGAUAUUUGGUAUGAUGUUUAAAAUCCCUAGAAAAUCAAGUGUUUAACCUUAUAAAUAAUAGUUAUAAAACAAUUACAUUUGAAUAUCAUGCAGCAUACAUACAUGAUAGCUUAGAGCUGAACCGAUGAACUGGGGGCCUAAUGGGGUAUUAACUGUACUUGUGUCACUUCCAUUUUCCACCAAGUAUGAAAUGGGGCUGUUGCUGAGACUCUUUAAAUGAGCAAUAUCGGAUGUCGUCAGGGGCAUUUUCCUGCAAUGUUAAUAUAUGUGAUAAAUGAUAUUUAGGUUGAAUUCUCUCAACUGUAUAUUCACAUGUUAAACUUCUGCAGUUUAAUUGAUGAAAUUGAAAUAUGUAAAUGAAUGUAUAAACAACAAAAUUAACCAAUUUGUCAAUCAAAACCUCAAAGGAAGUUCCACUACACUCUGUGUGUUACAAAUAAAUUAAACGAUAUAUUGAAUGGUGCGACUCAUCCUACCAAAGGAAUAUGUAUCUCAAAGAGUAUCAUACUAUGUAUACCUAUUGUCAACAAAAGAGGCAAUAACUGGUUUCCUUUUCCGAUUCAUAUUGAGUGGUCUGGAUAUGACCAUCUGCGACACAGGCUCUGGCUUUAUUUUAUGUCCUCUCGGUUUAUCCCACUGCUGUGGUAAACUCGUUGAUGAAGGCUGAGAGGGAACUUCUUUCAAUCCAGCGAUUUUCCACUCCUCAAUUAUAACUAUCACAGCAAGAAUGUGUGCACACUGUCCAGAUAUUCUGUAAAUUUUGGUUUUCAAUUAUUGAUCUCUUGCAAACAUAUCGAUGGCAAUUGCAGUUGAUUGUAUUAAUAUUGACUUUUAAAUACAUUCCGGUAUAUACAAUAAGGACUGCAAAUAAAGAAGGUAAGAUCUAAACAAAGAUUUAAAUGCUGUUAUAAAAAUGUACAGUAAUUAAAUUAGUUUUAAAAAAAAAACCAAGAUUGAUCAGAUAAAUCGAUUUGUAAUUUGAAUCAAAUUUUUAUUUUAAAAUGUCCUUUAAUUCAUGAUCAGUGCCAUAAUUAUUGAGUUACUGAAGUAUGUCCACACAUAUAUAUAUAUACAUACCCAUUGUUUAAUGUUUAAAAAUCUGUUUAACAGCUGCAUGCAUGUUAAUAUCAGGAACAUCAAAAUCCGUAAAAAAAUCAACUGCUGGAAAUGAAAAUUUUACUUGUAGAAAAUGUAAUGUUGUUUCUGAUAGGUAAAAGGAAUAAUCUUGGUUGUGUAGAUGGACUGGACUGGGAUGAUCAGGAUUAAUUACCAGGUAGCUCAGUCAUUAGUGUGUCUGGUAAUUAUAAGAGUACCGGCUGUCCCAGGUUUGAAUCCUUUUUUCAUUUGAUAUCUAAUUAGGCUGUCGUAGGAUGUUAAAAACCUGAUAGCCAUACAUAUUGUAGUCGCUAUCAUGAUAUGUGUAAUGUAGCCUAUUUAGGGCCUAUACAUCGGUACAAUAUGUUUUGACAUAUUCCAUCAUUGCUUUUAAAUCAUUUCAUUUUAAACGAUAUGCAUGCACCAUUGCAACACGAAUUUAAUUUUAUGAUUAAAAAAGAAAUAUUUUGUGCAAGGACCCCAUAACUUGUUUUAACAGCUUUGGCUUCCAUUGGAUAUUGUAGUGAAAAUCCAGGGAGAGCGAGCUGUUUUCUCAACAAUAUUUUGAAACUUUUGUUCUACUUUGAUAGAUCUACUGAUAGGCCUAAUUUGGUUACAUUGUUACAGUACUAGUCAUCACAUCAACUCUACUGUCAAUAAGGCAAACAGAACAUUCCCUUCUGGAAUCAAUUUAUCUGCUUUGUUGAUAUCGAUCUGUGAUAUAUAUUAAUAUGCUAUGUGUACUAAACUGUAGGCCUAAUUAUUCUGAAUUUUAAUGUCUGUAUUCAUGUUGUUUUCACAAUUUUUAAUUAAAAUGAUUUUUUCUUAA